AUGGAAAGUAAAUCACGCAGCUUCGUUAAAAUAGAUCCUGAUGACAAGGAAUCCGAGUCGGAAGACGAUUUCUUAUAUCCUCUGAAGAACCUCAAGGAAGAAUCGCUAAGUCCUACGCGUUUUGAACAGAAUCUCGAUGACGAGAUGGCGGGGUCACUGAAUGGUUUGAAAGAAGUGUGCAAGCAACGAUCCAUUUCUAGUGCGGUUGAGUUGAAUUUGCAAGAUUUCUUUAAGCAACGACCUCGGAUUACACCGUUGCCGCCAUCACGAUCAAGCGUGGACAUCAAUUUGACUGAUCCGGACGAGGAAACGUGGAUCAUCGAGUGCCCUGCUAGCAUCGACAUUCAGAAUGAAUUGUUGGGUAAAAAGAUAAACCUCUCCGCACCGCAGUCUAAAAUCAAGAACUGCUCUAUUCCACUCGAGGUCGACGUUCGAACUAACAGCACCGAGCAGAUAAUAGGUAUGCUAGCCGGACCGCGCAUAAAAUCGUUCGUUCCGACCGGGUUUGUGCGCAUUAAACAAUCGCUACCGACGCUAGGCGAGCCAGAUCUUUCAGGCAUGAUCGAGAACAACAACGUCGUCGUGCCUUAUCCGGUGAAUAUUCGGCAGCGCCAUCCUAUGCUCGGAAAUAAUUUCAAAGAGUGCCUGGCGCUGCCGAAACGCGUGAAGAAACUGCUCUCAGUAGCGCAACAGAAGGCUGCUCUGCUUUAUUCGGAAACACCCCUAAGAAGUAAAUCGAAGCGAACAGAUAAACCAUCGAAGAGUAAAAACGCACCACCGGUAUUAAUAAAACAAGAGCCUUACGAUAGUCACGCUCCUUCGCCUUCAAAGGCUAAGAAACGGAAACAACCCACGGCUGCGGAUGUCACAAAGCCGGUUGAUGUUAAACAGGAACCGAUGUCGCCAUCGGCAAAAAAGAAAAAGCCCGAGCCGCAAGAAGCUGCAAACAUUAGCAUUAAAAAAGAACCGUUGGUGGAGGACGAUAUCUCGUGGCUGCUGAAUAUCUAGCUUUCAA